GGAUAACCGGAAGUACAGUUAUAAACGCUGUUUAUCGGGUCUUUUUGUUUUUUCUCUUAGAUUUGUGUAAUUUUGUUUUGGUGUGAAGCCAUGUGAAGAUGCCCCUCAGUCCCGCUAACCAGGCCCAGCUGAUCCGGUCCAGUCAGAAGGACGAAUUUUACCGAACCCACCUGAGGAACAAGGCCAACGAUGCGGUGCAGACCGUCGCAGGGUCCAAACGAUGGCUGGACUGGAGGAGGGAGAUCGAGCUGCUCUCAGAUCUCGCCUACUUCGCUCUGACGACGCUCUCAGGUCUUCAGACUCUGGGCGAGGAGUACGUCAACAUCGUCCAGGUGGACCCGACCGGGCGUCGGAUCCCGUCCCGGGCCAGGCGAGGCCUCUUCGUCCUCCUCCACUCCGUGCUGCCCUACUUCCUGGAGAAGGUCCUGGUGUGUCUGGAGAACGAGCUGGAGGGCGAGCCGGAGCGGCGCCAGGCGGCGGAGGGGUGGAGCCUGGAGCGCUGGCUCCGGGGGCGUGUCCGGAGGGCGGUGGCUCUGCUGACGGCGCCUCAGAGGAGGGCGUGUCAGCCGGCGGUCUUUGUGAUCCAGCAGAGCCUGGCUCUCCUGCACCGGCUCCACGUGGCCAUCUUCUACAUCCGAGGGUCCUUCUACCAGAUGUCCAAGAGGACGGCCGGGAUCGGAUACCUGCGUGUGAUCGGACAGAGCGGAGACGACUUGUCCAUCCGGCGCAGCUACCGGCUGCUGGGUCUCUUGUCCCUCGUCCAGCUGCUCGUCACCGUCUCGCUGCAGCUCAGCAGCUUCAGACGGAGACAGAGAGCCCGGCAGGAGUGGACGCUCCACAGGAAGCUCAGGUACUGGACCAGAACAGUCCACCUUCUCGUCAGAACCGUCUCUUAAGGCUGCUCUGUGUGUCCUAGUCCUCAGCGCUCGGUGAGCUCGAACCCCCGAGCCGCUCGCUGCAUCCUGUGUCUGGAGCCCAGGAGGAACUCCACCUGCACCCCCUGUGGACACGUCUUCUGCUGGGAGUGCAUCACCGAGUGGUGCAACACCAAGGCCGAGUGUCCUCUGUGUCGGGAGAAGGUUCUGCCUCACAGACUCGUGUUUCUGCGGAACUACGGCUGAAAGAACCGGUCCAGAUGUUCCGUACGGAUCCGAACAUCUGCACACUGCAGCUCCAGCCUCCGAGGAUUGAUCGUCUCAUCCAGAGGUUCAGGAACCAGUUCUGGAUCGAAUCAGUCGACUCGUGUCAGAACGUACGGAGCCCCUGAAGUGCCGCUGGUUUGUUUCAGUUGAACUAUUUAAAUCCUGCAGACGAGAUCAGCUGAUUCGUCUCAUGUUCAAAAGCUAUAAAAGAAUUUAGCAAAGGCACUUCAGGAGUCCUGCAGUCAGAAUCAAUUAAUUAUUUUUGCCACAAAAUGUUA